GACAACUGAGCGACGUCGCUCAGUACUGUCAAGCUGGGAAUGCAUGAGAUUUCCCAAAACAAAAAUAGUGCACAAUUAUUUAGCAUUUCCUUGCUUUUUCCCCCCACAAUGAGUAUCAACCCAGUUAAUCCCUAGCACCAGGUGUCGAGAUGAGUGAAAAUGGGGCAGGAAUGUCCUCGAACAGUGCGUCAAACUCGCGUGUUAAUGCCCGCUGUGAUCACACAAAGCUCCUCUCGGACGUCCGGGAAGCAAUUCUUGGGGGCUUCCUGCACAGUGGGGAUGUUCUGAGUGAAGUGGAGAGCUUUCCUAAACUCCUGCAGGCCAUGGAGGGCAUCCUGGUGCAUGGCAUGCGGAUCUUCAAGCAAGAUGGAUCUCCGGAUCUGUGGCGAUUUAUUGAGGCUCUGAGCUGGCUCAAUCCCUCCAUGGCAGUUUCUGUUGCUCACAGCAACCUCUCGCCAGUCCACAUCCCUCACUCCCGCAUCAAGUCCAACAGGGAGCUAGCUUGGCUUUUUGAGUGUCUCAAGAGUGGCACACUUUCGGUUAAAUUGUCCUGGCUCCUGUCGGACUUUGAGCAUCUCAGCAAUUGCUACGAAGCUUCAGCUUUUCUGCGAUCAGAGAAAUUCACCAGGGCCCUGUUCCUCUGCCUCGAGGCCGUAGAAAGGGGCAGAAUUGAGGCAAUUGAUCGGAUUGAUCCGAAACUCCUGGCUGAAGAAGCUACGCACCGGAGAUCGAGUUCUCAUCCGGAAUUCUCAAAAAUGGGCAAUAAACCCUCCCUCAAGGUCAACUAUGACAGCCCCGAGGAACCAGAUGCAGCUGAAGCCACCGAAGAGGCUCCCUCGAAGCCCAAGCCCGCCCGAGUGCGCAAAAAGGCCAAAAAGAGUCGCACAAAGAAGCUCCGCAGGAGCAAACUCAAAGCCAGCAGCAGUCUGCCGAAUAUUCCUGCCUUAGAGAGGGAACCGCGUGCUCGUAGCAUGACCAUCACCCAACCCAUUUCCAUUCCCCUGAAGCCAGUUCGACUGACGGCGGAAUCCCUGGAGCAGAAUGCCCAGAAAAUUGUGCCUUCCUUCAGCUACAGAACGCCCCGGGAUGCAGGAUCAGAUUGCGGCGGAUCGGCGUCCAGGACAAUGGAAAAGUCCACUCCGACGGAUCUGAUGCCCAUUCAACUGGUCAAGUGCGAUGACAUCAAGAUCCACUUUGACAAGAGAUUCACGCCAAAGACUCCAGCAUCGCAGGACACAAGCCCAGCAAUUCAGGCUGCCGAGGCUGCUGAAGCAUGUUCUUCUUCGGUAAAUACUCCAAGCCAGAGGAAUCUCUUCUCAGUGUUGUCCACCAAAAAAUCCCUCUAUCCCUAUCUCGAUGUCACCCUUGAGAAGGGCGAGAGUAGUGGAAGCAAUGGGACCCCCUUCCAUUCGAAUCUCUAUGCCUCCCCAUCUCCUGGUGACUUCAUGAACACAUUUAUUCCGCUGCCUGGUGAGAAAAUCCGGAAUCGCUACCGGAAAACAUCUCUCAUUGAGGGACUUGGUUCGAGUCCCUUGGGCACAACUCCCACCACAACUCGCCCUGAACAGAUGUCUAGGCAACCCACAAGGGGUCAGAGCCUAGCUUCGUACCUCCAGACGGCUCAAUUCUCGCAAACGAACUCGGAUCUUGAGCGGGAGAAUGCCCAUUUUAGUGUGUCAGAUGCCAUGAUUGCGGCCAUUGAGCAGCUCAAGUGGACGAAAAUCGAAAAGGAGGAGAGUCGGCUGGGAGUGAAAUCGAGGGAUUUGAGGUCAAGAUCGAGACUGAAAAGAUGGGAUGGGGAUGUGAAUGGACCAAUUCCGGGAACUAGUUCAAGUCCGGAUAAUGCCUGUUCUUCCACGGAAGACAGUUCGGAAAUGUCCUUCGAGAACCUCAGUAUUUUCAAUGAAUCCAAUUCGUCCGACGAGAUGAGACUGUCUGAAUCCUCCCAGAAUACCAAUGAUCAUGUGGCCUAUGCCGAAUGGGGAGAAAAUACUUUGGAAGCUCUGUCGGCAGAGGGCGUGGCUCUGAGUCUCAUCUCCAAGUUCAGUGACAAACAACUCCCGCGAGCUUCGGAAUUGCUGUGGAUGAGUCCAGAUAAUGAACCGAUGGUGUCACCUCAACCUCCUGGACUGACCCCAAAUAGCCUCAAUGGAGGCCACCCGGAUGGGAGGUUCCGGAUAAAUUCGGUUCUGCGAGGAACCAAGGAUUGGGCUCCACCAAGGCCACAAAUCAUCUUCACAAGACAUCCAUCGCCCAACCGGAAGGAGUUGAUCACGCAGCAAAACUUCCGCUGCGCUGGUUGUGGAAUGCGCGUUGCCAAAGCCUAUGCCCACAAAUUGCGCUACUGUGCCUAUCUGGGGAAGUACCAUUGCACAGGAUGCCACAGGAAUCAGAUAUCUGCCAUUCCGGCACGAGUUCUUGAACGCUGGGAUUUUUCUUGCCAUCCCGUGUCUGUUUUCUCGUACAGACUCCUCGAUCAGAUCUGGUCCUUUCCACUCUUUCGAAUCCCUGAUCUCAAUCCUCAGCUCUAUGACAAAGUCAGGAUGCUGAAUUUGGCCAGAAACAAACGCGGACAGCUCAAGUUCAUUGAGGAUUUUAUAAGAUCCUGCCGCUUUGCCAUUCAAAUUCAGAAACUUUUUGAGAACAUCCCCAAUCAUCUGACGAUGGACAUCGAUGUGUGGUCAAUGGUGGAUCUCGUGGCAGUGAAGAAUGGAUCAUUCAAGAGGGAUGUCACUCUGUUCAUUGAGAAGUGCGAAGAGCAUAUUAUGAGCUGUGAGCUGUGCACUGCCCGCGGGUUCUUCUGUGAGUUGUGCACGAAGAAAAACGUGAUAUUUCCAUGGCAGCCAAAUAUUCGACGAUGCGGAGAGUGUGGGACGUGUGUUCAUGACAAUUGCUGGCGAGGAGAAUGUCCCAAAUGCAGGAGACUGAGGCAGAGGCGGAAGGGUGAAGGAACAAAGAACACUUCCGGAUAGGAGGCAGAUAAGUUAAUUUAUUUUCUUAGAAAAGACAAAAAUUCCUUUUACAACAAGCUUCACGAGCCUUUCUUGGAUGAUGAGAUAGUGCAAUUAUAUUUUGAUGACAAAGCAAAAA